CAAGUACCAACGAUUAUUUAUGAAUUUUUAAUCCGAAAUCGGUCAUUUCCGAAUGUCAUUUCCGACAUUUGUAUUUUGUUGUCGGUUAUCCGAGAUAUUUAUUUUUAACAAAAACCAACAUUGUAGACACUUGAGAAUACAAACAAACACAAUUGCAUUAAUCUUACACAGUUCACAUACACUCCUAAACGUGAAUACGAAUGCAGUGCCCAACUGCAGCCAAGAAGUCCAGUGCCGUCUUGUUUCCCGACGCUACCUCCUCACAUAGGCGUUGCAUCUUCUUCUGGUGAAGAAGGGUCCCCUUCCGGACUCGCUUUGCUAACGGCUCCCCGAGUUCGUACCGGUACACCUCUGCUUCGGCCAAGGCGUUGUCCUACUGCAGACGUGUGAUGACGUUCCACAAUGACCAGCACCUGUGCAUCGGUAGAUGCAUUGUCAUAGAUAAGGAAUGACUUGUCCCCAUCUGGCUGCGUUGUGGUGUACUGCGGCGGCAAUGGUUGAGGGAUGCCGACAGAACCAGCUGGCUCUACUGGUACCACGCCACGUUUCUUCCUACGGAUGGCCCGCUUCAGACUCUCCGUCUUGCCGAUAGCUGCUCGGACCUCAACCGGACGAGUGAUAAGUGCCAGAAAAUGGCAGAAAGGAAAGUGCGCACUCCAUCAAAGACUCCAAGAACACUUAUAGGAGAGUUCAUGGACAGCAGUAGAACUCAUACCCAGAAAGUUGUGAGGGAUCGUGUUCAGGGUCUUGUCAGGACUCCUGAAAUUCCAUCUGCUCGUAAAGCACUCCAGCAUGACAGAGUUGCCAGUCUACGGGGAAAGAAAAUGUCGUCUUCAUUCUCUUUUGGCUCAGAAGAAACACCUAGACAAAUUCUGGAGGGAUUUCUUGCUGAUGAGCACAGCACAGCUCCUCUUGUUCGUGUUCAGAAGAGAACCUCCCAGUCGGGCAUGUCCUCCAGUCAGCCAGUCCUCCCUGUGACUAAGGGGUGGAGCCAUGUGGCCUCGCCGGCCAAUCUAACUGCAGAGCUGGAGAGGGACACACCCAGAACGCUGAUGCAGAAAUACCUGAUGAAUACCUCGCCCUCUGUGGAGACCCCAGUAGUGGUUGUAGUAAGGAAAGACACUGCAGACAGCCUCAGGAGCACACCAGUAGUGCCACUGGUCAAUGACACAUACAACACGCCAAGUCCUUUUCGCGAUAGUUCAGGAGGGUCUGCUGAUGUCAUGCAGGGAACAAGUCGCAGAAGCAAAACACCAAGGAGUCGUAAAGGUCGUUUUAAUCUGUCUACACACGAUCUGGGCUCUUCUCUUGUUAUUCCUGCCACUAAUCCAAAUGACUAUGUUGUUCCCAGCCCUUUCCGUUCCUCCUCCUCUGAGGACAGUGAGGAGGAAGUGAUCGCUGGCACCCAGCCAAGUCGUCGUGCUCACUAUAGACGUAGCUUUAACCUGGCUGUGCCUGAGCAUGUCUUGGACCAGUUAAAGCAAGGCAAAGAGAGGACAUAUCAGCAAGCGUUUGAGGUGGAGUCCUCCCCAGGUGAUAUGCACUAUGACGAUAGUGACAUAAGCGAUGAACAAUUCAGUCGUAAUAGUUAUCAGGCAGAGCCUCUGCAAUCCCAUGAGAUGGAAGACAACAAUAUGGAGGUUGAAGCUGAGUUGGGUGAUAUACACAGCGUUAGUAGUGAGGAGGAUGGUAGACGGUUCAGCAUUCUCCCCAGGGAGGGGCUCUACAGGGAGUACACACUGCCUCUUAAAGGGGGGCAAGAAGGGACAGAGGUAUUAGAAAAUAUCAGCCAUGUCUCUGGCAGUUCAGCAAGGAGUCUGUCUGUUGUUUACACUGGCGAUAGACAAUAUGUUGAGCAGCAGUCUGGUACAGUACUGCAUCCGCAUGAAGACGGAAGUUCACAGAUUGGUAUUGCCAGCGGUAAUUUGGGUUACAGUCCUGAAAGUGGACAAUAUUUGCAGGCUGAGGAUCCAUUCAGAUAUGGCAGGUUCAGCGAUGGCCAUCAAAAUCGACUUGUGGCUAUGGGCAGAGGAGACGCUGGCACUAGACGAAGUGAAGGAAAUGUCAGAGAAGAUCUGUCAAUGUUCUCCUUUCAAAAAGGAAAUGUAAGUAUGGACAGACAAACAGGAGAGAGAAAUAUGUCUAGGUCUGUAAAUAUGGAUAGACACACAGGAGAAAGAAAUAUGUCUAGUUCUGAAAUUAUGGAUAGACACAUGGGAGCGGGAAAUGUGUCUAUGUCUUCAAGCGAUGGCAGAAGUGAACCAAGUUUACAGACGGCAAACCGGAGCUCGGAGAGUUUGAUGCUGUCUGAAAGGAAGGACCCGUCCAUGAUUGGUCGUUCAAGCAAUGCGGCAGACAGGGAAAGACUGUACCUGGGAGUUGAGGUCACAUGUACCCCUCUACGUGGCCAGUCAGAGAGGACCUUGCUUGGCCAUGAAAAAAUGCCUGAAUCCACCCAUGUGUCACAGUCUGGCCUGAGAUCCCUCCACACACCUGCCCAGGAAGCUGAAGAGGAAAACGAGGUGGAUGAAAACAGCCCCUUCUCUGCAGUGACCCCAUCUCCAGUAGUAUCCACCAGAGGGAACAGUCCCGCUUAUGUGACCUCAUCGCCCUCACAGAGGUCACCAGCAAGGUCUUACGAGAGGUCGUCAAACACAAGGUCAGGAGGAUCUGUGGCCUCCUUGUCAGCCAGAUCAGAGACAUCGUUCAGGACUCCUGGGAAGAGAACACCACUGCAGUCAAUGCAUCCUGCAAACACUGGGGAUGUGAACAACAUUUCACAGCAAAGCUCAGUACUUGCAAACAAUUCAUCACUAAAGAGCUCAAGCUCAUCUUUAAGAGGUCAGAGGUCAACUCCAAGUACAGCGGGGUCAGGGCCACAGACACCAGGUGAGAGAGGCACUCCAAAAUCAACGAUGUCAGCAGCUGCAAGCAAUCUGCGUUACAGAAAUGCUACCCCUGGCUCCCCUGGAUCAGUGCAACAAACACCUGCUCAGAGAGGCACUCCAAAAUCUACGAUGUCAGCAGCUGCAAGCAAUCUGCGUUCCAGAAAUGCUACCCUUGGCUCCCCUGGAUCAGUGCAACAAACAACUGCUCAGAGAGACACUACUAAAUCUGCGACAUCGACAGCUGCAAGCAGAUUGAUCUCCAGAAAUGAUUCACCUAGGACAUCACAAGCAUCCCCUGUUGUUGCAAAAAGAAAACAUGGAACAGUUGACCAGCUGCCACAACAUACCAUGAUGUUUUCUCCACAAAUUGUGUCCACCCAGAACAUUGCUACCUUAGCCAGGACCAGUUCUUCACCCUCCAAGUCCCAGCCUCAUGUGGAACAAGACAACUUAUCUGAUGAGGAAGUUGCCACACCAGAACAGAGUUCCCCUAGUCGUCCAGUCAAUGCUGCUGCUUCUGUUGACAAGAGCCAUCCUAGUGCGAAGAAAAAGGCAGUACGCAAGCCACGGGAGAAGUCGCGCUAUCUGAUACCUGUAUCAACGGUGAAGAAACAGUUCACCCACUAUGCUGGCAUGCGUGUUUCUAAGGAGGCCAUUGAGGAAGUUAUGAAGAUCUCAGAGACGUACUGGGACAAUCUGUGUGCUGAUUUGGAAGCCUACGCAAAGCAUGCAGGUCGUAAGAAGAUAACGAUGGCUGAUUUUGAGCUGCUCUUCAGAAGACAAGGCUAUGUGACAGAUAAGAUCAGCCUGAACUCCCUGAUCCGGCGCUAUCUGCCUUGGGAGGAAGUGGAGAAGUUGAUACCAGUCCAACGUGCCAACAACCACAUCGAACCACCCCUGUAAAUGUUCAAGUUGUUUGAAGGCCAACGGCCACUGAAAAUGUGACUCCAGUUGGUUAUAGGCAGCACCACUUUUGAAGUGCUAGUGAACAAACUGAUUAUGUUUUUUCAUAAAAAUUGUUCUUAGGUUUAUAUAUGCUACAAGGGCGGAACUUAUUUUUUGCAUUUAUAGAUUAAAAAUAAGAUGUUGAUUAUGUACAUAAGUCAGCCUCAUGUCAACAAUGUCCGAACAAUAUUAUUGAUAGUAGAUGUGUAUAAGAAUGUAAUAUUAUAUGUAUUUAUUGGCUUAACAAGUUUUAUAUCUGAUAAUUUUCUAUUGGAUUACUUAAGUUGACAAACUGGGGCUUGUCAAUGUGUCAAUGUUCAACGAACCUGUACCGGUAUUCUCUUUUAUUAAAUAAAUUAACUCGAUGUUUGACUUGCAAAUUUGAUGGUCUGGAAACCAUUAAAUGUUGUAAGAUGAUUUGUUAUAAUAUUGCAAUGUAUGGGAUCUUCGUGAUUUUUCUGAUAUAUUAUUGUUUUCUGUAAAUACAAAAAUAUCUACUAAGUAUUUGAAUAACAUGGUUUCCAUGAUGAUGGUUUGACGAUAGAUGAUGUUGUUGAAAAGUUUGUAUACCUUGGUGUACAAUUUAUAGGUUUAAAGGUACUUUUUUCCUGAACAAAGAUACAAUUUGUACAACAGACUCAAAAGACUGUGUUUCCUUUUUAAAAAAAAUUAUUGUAAAUACCAUCGAUUAAACCCAAGCCAUGCACACGUACAGUUGAAUUGCAUUUUAGGCCAGUUUGGUCAAGAUUACUGUUUCUGAAAAUUGGAAAAACAGGUUCUAGUCAAUUACUUGUGUUUUGAUGGAGGAAUUUUGCUGAUUUUGUUUGGAUUGGUCGCAUGCAUGCAGCUUACAUACAAACCUAGCUUUGAUUCCAUUUGAGGCCAGGGUCAAAGUUGCUGUUACUGAAAAUAGGAAACAGUUACUGCUGAUUAUCUACACGUAAAGACUGCAUGAUUUUUUUAUGCCCCAGAAGGAGGGCAUAUAGUGAUCGGACCGUCCGUCCAUCUGUCCGUCUUUCUGUCACACUUUGCGUUUAUGUUUCGCAUUUAGGUUUCAAAAAAUGCUCAUAACUUCUAUGUCGCUUUAGAUAGCAACUUGAUAUUUGGCAUGCAUGUGUAUCUCAUGGAGCUGCACAUUUUGAGUGGUGAAAGGUCGAGGUCAUCCUUCAAGGUCAAAGGUCAAAUAUAUGGCUUCAAAGCGGCUCAGAAGGAGGCAUUGUGUUUCUGACAAACACAUCUCUUGUUUUUUUUUCCAGAAAUUGUAUGUGUAGGUAACAUAUACAGACCUAUCUUGAAAUUGCACAGUUGUUUUAAAUUAAAGUAACUAAAUUAGAAAAGUGUUGAAAACCUGGUUUCAUACACCAAAUUUUCAUUUUCCUUAUACUUUUAGGAACUUUCUAAUUUUAACAGGUCAAAUAUAAGAAAUCCUUAAUACCACUCUACAAGCCAUAUUUAUUUAUAAUCUUGAUGGAACUUGGCCUGAAUGUUGAUCUUGACAAUAUAUGUCGAGUUUGUAUCUGGGUAACAUGCUUUUCAAAAACAAGGUCACCAGUCAAUUAAUGUGAAAAUAUUGUUUCCCCUUUAAAAGCCACUUUGAUGACUCGCCGCUCUAUGCGUAACAUUUAUGACUAAUUCUGAGCACAAUGCUUAUGGUGAGCCUUGUGAUCGCCUUUUCUCCGUUGUGCUGCUUCAAUAUUUGCCAUGUUUAUACUCUAGAGGCCACAUUUAUUGUCCGAUCAUCAUGAAAAUUGGUCAGAACAUUUAUUUUUAUGAUAUCUUGGGCUGCACAGAACAGGUCAAUUUCUUUGUAUCUCAGGUGAGCGACUUUGGACCUUUCAGGCACUCUUGUUGAUAAAACUUGGUCAGAAUAUUUAUCUUAAAAUAUCUUUGCUGAGUUUGUUAAUUGGUCAUGUGUGUCCAAAGAUUAGGUCACUUAUUAGAUAACCCAUAUUUUCGCUCCUUACGCUACAUUUAUGACUUAAUCUGAAUAAAACUUGGUAACAAUUUUCAUCUUUACAAUAUCAAGGCCAUAUUUGAAUGUUGGUCAAGUGGGGUCAACAACCAGGUCACAGGGAAAUCUAUGACAAUUUGUGCAUAGUAAAAUCAGGUGAGCAUUUUAUGGCCAUCAUGGCUUUCUUGUUAUUUUUCUGUUUUGUAUUUCGUUGUUUAUAAUCUCAUAGUUGUAAAUAUUACUCAUUACUCUUCUUUUGCUUAACGUGUGUUCAUUUACAGCUGUUUAUUGUAAAGGUGUUUAUAACUGUUUAAUCUUAAGGUUGUUAUAAUUCUUGAUCUAGAUUUAUUCAUUCAAAAUUACAGAAUAUUUAAUUGUCUCUGUUACUCUAUUGCAGUUUGCAUUCCCUCAAUUUAGAAACUUGUUCACCGUUUAAGCGUUUUUUUGUUCACCUGAUUACUCAGGUGAGCUUUUGUGAUCGGUCUUUGUCCGUCCUCCGUCCGUCCACAUUUGUUUGUAAACACUCUAGAGGCCACAUUUCUUGUCGGAUCUCCAUGAAACUUUGUCAGAAGCUUUGUCCCAAUGAUAUCUCGCUCGAGUUUGAAACUGGGUCAUGCCGGGUCAAAAACUAAGUCACAAGGUCAAAAAAAAGAAAAACCUUGUAAACACUGCAGAAGUCACAUUUCAUGCCCAAUCUUCAUGUAACUUUGUCAAAAUGUUUGUCUUUAUGAUAUGUUGGUUGAGUUUAAAAGUGGUUCCAGUCCAUUGAAAAACAUGGCCGCCAGUGGGCUGGGCAGUUUUCCGUAUUUGGCUUCAUAGAAACCUUGUAAACACUCUAGAAGUCACAAGUUUUGCCUAAUCAUCAUGAAACUUGGUCAAAACAUUGGUUUUAUUGAUAUCUCGGACAAGUUGGAUAAUGGUCAAGAUCGGGGAAAAAACAUGGCCGCCAGUUGGCGGGGCAGUUUUCGCUCUAUGUAUUUAGUGAAAACAUGUAGUGAAAACAUGUGAACACUCUAGAAGUCACAUUUUUCGUCCAAUCUUCAUGAAAACAUUUGUUUCCUAGAUACGUGAGUUAAGUUUGGAAAUGGUUCCGGUCCGUUGAAAAACAUGGCUGCCAGGGGGACGGGGCAGUUUUCCUUAUAUUUAUAUAGUAAAAAAGGCUUGUGACCAGUCAAGAAGUCACAUUUUUGCCCUAUCAUCAUGAAACUUGGUCAAAACAUUGGUUUUAUUGAUAUCUCAGACGUUUUUGAAAAGUCCAGAUCGGUGAAAAAACAUGGCCGCUAGUUGGCGGGGCAGUUUUCUCUAUAUGUAUAUAGUGAAAACAUGUUAACACUCUAGAAGUCACAUUUUCGGCCCAAUUUUAAUGAAAUUUGCUCAAAACAUUUGUUUCCUAGAUACGAGAGUUUAGUUUGAAAAUGAAUCUGGUCCGUUGAAAAACAUGGCCACCGGGGAAGGGGGCAUUUUUUCUUAUAUUUAUAUAGUAAAAACGCUUGUGAACACUAGAAGUCACAUUUUUUGCAUAAUCAUCAUGAAACUUGAAAAGAUUGGUUUUAUUUAUAUCUCAGAUGAGUUUGAAAAUGGUCCCGAUCGGUAAAAAAACAUGGCCACCAAGGGGGAGGGGCAGUUUUCCUUAUAUGACUAGAAAGAAACCUUGUGAACACUAGAAGUCAUGUUUUUUGCCUAAUCAUCGUGAAACUUAGUCAAUACAUUGGUUUUAUUGAUUUCUCAGACAAGUUGGAACAUGGCUCAGAUCGGUGAAAAAAACAAUUUUUAGCUCACCUGAUUGCUCAGGUGAGGUUUUAGGAUUGGUCUUUGUCCGUCCACAUUUGGUUUGUAAACACUAGCAUUCACAUUUCUCAAGCAUUCUUUAUCAAAGUUGCUGAGAAGCUAUAUGGCCACAAGAUCUCAGUCAAGUUUGAUCGCAAAAUCGCAUAAUAAAUGCCAUCAUUUUUGCCCUUAGAUUGUCAAAAUUUUCAUUAUAUUAUACAAAAUCCUUGUAAAUACUCUAUAGGUCACAAUUUUGUUUCAGAUUUUAUGAAUCUUUGAUCAUAAUAUUUAUUUUUGUUAGCAAAGUUUGAUGUUUGGUCAUGAAGGGGUCAACUCAAACUAUAGGUCACCAGGUCAAAUCUCACAAAAACCUCGUAAACACUCCAUACGCCAGAGUUUUGGUUCAAUAAUGAUGAAACUUGACCAGGAUGUUUGUCUGGACAAUAUCUAGUUCAGUUUGACAUUUGGUAAAGAUUGAAUAAACCGACUCCUCUCAGGUGAGCGAACUAGGGUCAUCUUGGCCCUCUUGUUAAUUCUCCUGCCACAUAAAAUAUGUAAAGCAAACAAAGUCUCAUAAAAUAUAUGUAAAAACACAAGGGUCAAAAGUUGGCUUAGAUGGCCUUCUAGAAGAAACAUUAUGUUUGAUUACCUAUUAAAUAGUCAAAAGACUGAUGGAAUUAGAUUGUUUUGCCACAGAUAUAAUCACUUUCUAAAGUAAUUAACAACAAUGUAGACUACUGAUAAGUACAUUUUCUGAUGUACAACUACUGUAUACCGAUGUAAAUGCCAAUGUCAGUAUAUUUGGUUAUAAUUGCAUCUUGAAUACUGUUUAGCAAAUGUCUCCUGAAUAAAAAGUUAUUAAAAUUG